AUGGCAUCAACGCUCCCCCGAACCCCAUCUGGAAAGAGAGUGGAAGUUUUAGAGAGAGAAAUUGAAAACCUAAAUUACGAAUUUGCCUUGGGAAUCCCAAAUCCAAAAUGGCAGUCCCCCAGUUCUCGGCCUGUGACUGAAAGGUCAAAGGAGGAGCAAUGUCGAGUUUGGAUAAAAGAAUUAUUCUGGAAGAAUACUGAAGCAUUCGAACGUGCUUUGAAUGGUUUCCGUGAGCAAGUUCGCUCAGAAAUAAGACAGGGCAAGCAAUGGGUACAUAAGCCGAAUCAAGAAUCCGGGACCGUUCCAUCGAGAGAAGAUUUUCUCAAAACCAGUAAUACCCACCGCUAUCAGUCCUCAGGCGAGGAACGUCUGAAAAGGGUGGACACAUUAUGGGGUUUUCUUCAUUCAGAGAUGUGGAUUAUAAGGGGAGGAGAAAGCCCUUUGGAAGGCUCGCAAUCAUCACCCCGUCCUCGCAACCUAGCCAACGGGCCGCCUCGAACCAGUUCCAACUGCAAUUACCAAGAGCCCCAAGUCGCAAGAACGCCGCAGGCCAAAAGGAAGGCUAGCAAUGAUCAAGAGGUAUUUUACACGGCUCCUAGCUCCCCGACUCUGCCUGCCGAAGGGCAAUAUCCGUCUUUGGGCAACCUAGACGAAUAUGACGACCCGAAGUGCAAUGAAUUCAACUUGAAUACAGAUCCUUCAGAUCGAGCUGACAAACUGAACGUCGAGGCUCAGAGGUUUAGGAGUACAACGAAAAGACAAUCGAAGAUUACGGACCAUAUGUUCAUUGCGAAAUCAUCUCGGGGAAAUCCGCCACCUGCCAGCAAGGCCGCCCAAAGCUCCCCUCUCAAUGAUACAUCAUCCUUCGGAAUGGCAGGCCCGUCAACGAGCCCAGAAGUCAGUUUUGCAACAACGACAGCAGAUCCUGUGUUUGAUCGGCCAGAACAUUCACGGCAUUUCGAAACUUCUUUCGAUACGGUAAUUACCGAGCCGUCAGAUGAAACCGCAACGCAACCCGAUUCUGUCGAUGGAAUCAUGAUGAGCGAAGAAUUCAGCAUGAUGCUAAAGUCAUUAGAAGGCGAUGUUCCUACAUCCCGUGAAACCGAGCAGCAACAACCCUCCGUAGAGCAGGAACUAGUGGCCGAGCUAAUUCGAAAUGGUCCUUUUUCAAAAGACCAAAAAUGUUUCUCCGCAAAGGUUCCUCUGCGGGCUAGGUAUGAGCUGGAGCGAGUUAAGAAAUAUUGGGAUAUGAACCCAAAGGAUAUCCUUGUCGGUGAUAAGCCGUACGAGAAAUAUUCGGACUUCUGGCAAUGGCUCUCGGAUCUUGGCCAACGUAAUAAUAAGACCCUUCCUGAAAAGCCGUCUGUGAAAGCUUGGAACGCUGCCUGCGGGCGUUUUGAAGGCGAUAGGCUCUCAGAAGCUGUGAUCCUAAGUGGUACCCUUGACUGGUGCACCAAGGACGAACCUGGUAUCUUCAAAUUCCGACUUAAUCCGCUCAAGAUUGAUCGGACAUGUCGUUUUUACCGUCGCUUCGGAUCAGACAGAUUUCUGACCAUAACGAUGCCCUAUCCUUCGCGGCCACCGGGUCAUUUGCGAAUUAAAGAUCGGAACUCUCUUCGCGAGGCUCUGGCUGAUUGGUUGGUCCAAAACAAUCACUAUCUCCUGAAACGAACCUGGAAAGCUUUUUAUAUCGAGGAGUUUAAAUCGAAGAAGAAAUCCAAGCCCGGCGAUCCUCGAGUCCGUGUAGACUUCUUCGCUGUCGAUGGCUCUGACUUCACGACAAGACUUUCACCUCCAACUCUUUCGCCCGUUAAUGAGGCGGCGGAAUCACACACACGAAUGACGGUGGACCAACUGAUACAGUGGCACACCCCACUUAAUGAGAAUCGCAGUCAGACAGACUGCAAAUUGUUCAGUCGACUUAGUCUUGCACUUUCGAAGACGUGGGCAACAGUGGUGGUUCGGCCACAUCAGUUCUUGAAGCUCCCUGACGCCCCUGAUAAGCCCGUCAUGAACGACGGAUGCGCUCUGAUGUCACGUUCACUAGCUCGAGACAUAUGUACAAAACUAGGGAUAGACGGGGUUACACCGAGCGCGUUUCAGGGUCGUAUUGCCGGAGCUAAAGGCCUGUGGAUGGUCGAUAGAGACCGGGGAGAAGAUGAAAGAUUUUGGAUUCAGGUAUCCGACUCUCAACUAAAGGUCAAGCCGCACCCUCGAGACUUUUUCGGUCAUGUCGACAAAGAAAAAAUCACGUUUGAGGUUGUAGGCUGGUCAAAGCCUUUGCGAUCUUCGGAAAUUAAUACACAACUUCUCGAAGUUCUGAACAAUCGCGGGCAAGUUCGGAAUCGCGUGGCAGAUAUUGCGCGAGACGCAAUCAGGAGUAUUUAUUCUGAAUUCGAAAUUGUCAUGGAAAAGAACAGCAUCCCCCUGGCUCGGGCUUUGAUACAGAAAAUCCGGCCCAAUACUGAAGAUGGCCACUCUCGCACAAAUAUACGGAGGAUAGAUCAGUGGCUAUCAAACAACAUAGAGUCUAUUAUUCGUUUUUUGGAAGCAGGUUUUUCUCCACGGGAUUUUCAUCCACUAAGAGAGCGCCUGAGGAUAUGUCUGCGGGACACACUGGACCGUUACGUCACUCAACUUCAUAUUCCUAUUCCUUUGUCUACUUAUGCAUAUUGUAUCGCUGAUCCAUAUGGGGUACUUGAAGAGAAUGAGGUUCAUUUUGCUUUCUCUGGCCAGUGGAGGGAUUGCGCCUAUUUUGAUGAUGCUAUGGUGGAUGGCGUGGAUGUUCUUGUCGGACGAACCCCGGCUCAUUGCCCCUGGGACAUCCAAAGAAGAAGAGCGGUUUGGAAGUCAGAGCUUCGGCAUUUUAAAGAUGUCAUCGUCUUUUCGACUAAAGGCACGACUCCACUUGCAAGCCUCUUAUCUGGUGGAGAUUACGACGGCGACCGCACCUGGGUAUGUUGGGAUUCAGGGAUUGUGGAAUCUUUUACCAACACCACACCUCCCGCCAUCGAACCUGGACCAGAACACUUUGGACUAGUGAAGCAUGCUCGGCCGAUGGAAACAGUAAGCUCUGUCGAGGAUAUGCUUCAAAAUACCUUCAAAUUCAACCUGGCUACGACAAACCUCGGGCAGUGCACUGUUGAACACAACAAGCUGGCAUAUGAUGAAAAGGAAGGGAUUAGUUCGCCGUUAUCACUUGAAUUGGCAACGCUCCUCAGCCACCUUGUUGACAGCACAAAAUCCGGUCUCCAGCUCACAGAGGAACAAUGGGCGCGAUACCGCAAGAGUAUUAGCCCACGGGAGAGACAAUUACCUGCGUAUAAGGAUUUGGGCGCAAAGAAAGGGAAACCGGAAAACAUUAAUGAUUUUCUGAGAUUCGAUAUUGCGUUUCAGGAAAGGGAAGAGGCCCUUAAGAAAUUUAACCAGAAGUUUAGUGGAGUAGAAGAUAAACGAGAUGAAAGCCUUCUUCGUCCCUGGCAAAAUGCAUUUGCGCGAGCGGAGCGCGAGAAACAGGAAGAUACUGGAACAAGUGGGAAUAUAGGACUUGCGAAAGGCCCCGCAUUGUACGGAGUAUUAAAAACUCUAGAGGCGGAGAUCGACCAGGCCUAUAGCAAAUGGCAGCACGGAUGCCAUUCUCUUGAAACGCCAGAGAAGACGACAGCGUUCAAGAUUCAGUUGGCUGCUGAAACUCUAGGCCAAAUACAAAUGCCUAGCAUCUGCCACCCUCUUGUACAUACGUGGCAGAAUAGCGAAUAUGAAUGGCGAAUACUGUUGGCUUCGGCUUCAUACUACUUUCGCUGGCGGUCUGCUUUCCCACUGUACGCAGCAGGUGAGGCUUUGUGCUGGAUUAAGAUUGGAAAUGAGCCAGCUCGUUUGAUCCGUGACCAGGUCUACGUCAGCAUGAAAGUCAACAGCAGUGCUGCCCGUCGACUAGCAGGCGCAGAAGCUGAGCAACUGGCAACCGAGGAUUUAGAAGGCUAUGAAGAAAGCGAUGAUGAUGAUGGCUCAGAAGAAUUCGACCGGGAAUCAGCGAUUGACGCACUGAAUGAAAUUGAUCGACUGUAUCAAAGUCAACAUUGAGUCGUCACUGUGUGUUGUGUGACACCAUUUUGAAGGCUUUUGUAGGUGUCACCAGAUCCAAGUUCCGCUUCAUUGAAUAUUGUAUUUCGGCUGGUCGUGCGUACCAUGAGAGAUGCCAUUGCCUCUAUGAUUUUGAUCACCAUAGAAUUUUUUAGUCAUUUAAAGCGGGCUUCCUUGGAGCCCGACUUGAGGUACAUUUACUGUUAUGUGUCUAAAUUUUGACUGUCACCGCUGCCUUGGUGGUCAAUAUAGCAAUGAUAUUCAUGGAUGUGGGAUGCGAUCUGGGUUACGACUGAAGAUAUUUCGGUAUUAUAAUAUUCACCUAUGUUUUGGGUUUCAUCGC